AUGGUCGUCAAGGUCCGCGACUGCCCCGCCAGCCAGAUGCCGAUCGAGCUGUGCUAUCAGUGCUUCGGCGACCCGAACGAUGGGCUGCCCCCGGUACUGCUCAUCAGCGGCCUGAACAUGCAGCUCUACGCGUGGGACGAGGAGUUUUGCGAGUCGCUCGUGCGGGCCGGCUUCUACGUCGUGCGCUACGACAAUCGAGACAUGGGCCACUCGACGAAAGUGGAACACCGCGGCCGCGUGAAGGCGCCGCUGCUGCUGCUGCCCGGCGGUGCAGCCACCUGGUUCGGCGAGAAGCUGCCCUACAGCGUGGAGGACAUGGCGGCUGACGCGUGGGCGCUGCUGGACACGCUGCAGAUCCCGUGCGCGCACCUGUUUGGGAUCAGCAUGGGUGGCAUGAUCGCGCAGGCCGCCGCGCUGCUCGCACCGGGGCGGACGAUGAGCCUGACAAGUGUGAUGUCGUCGACGAACGCGGCGGACUUACCGCAGCCGCAGCUAUGGGUGAAGCUGUGGAUGUUGCGCCGGCCGCCUCGCCACUGCACGGUGGACGAGCUGCUAGAGUUUCGCGUGAACUCGCUGCGCCGCCUCCUGCGCUCCGCUCUGCCGCCCGACGGCGAGUACCUGAAGAAGCGCUUUCUGAUGUCGCUGAAACGCAGUUCCUACUCGGCCGGGCUCGUGCGACAGGCCGCCGCGAUUCGCCGCGCCGCCGGCCGCGAUGCGGCGCUGCAGACGUUGUGUGUGCCGGCGCUGGUCGUCCACGGGGCGCAGGAUGUCGUUGUGCCCCCGAUGCACGGCUACCGCACGGCGACGAUGCUGCCGUACGCCCGCAUGCUGGUGCUGAAGAGCAUGGGGCACUACUUCCAUCCCGCGUUCUUCUCGACGAUCAUCGAGGCCUUUGCGGACAUGGCGGCCUCGACAGACCCGACGAGGCGUCGGCUCGGCUCACGGCUGCCGUCGGCGAACACGCUGCAGCUGGCGGGGGUGGUGGAGAAGGGGAGGGCGACAGAUGGCAACGCGUCUGCGGUCGCCGCGUGGAAGCGUGGGGGUGGCUUUGUGACCUCGUCGCUCGCGAGUGAGCCGCGCCAAUGCAACGCCGAGGCUUCUCCUGCGAGUGGGGCGGCACCGCCUCCCUCCGGUCUGCCCGACAACAGUGGCAAGGACAAGAGCGCAGACGGUACGGAUCCCUCCACGGAAGCGGCUAGGGAGGACGGCGCUCUUUCCGCGAAAGGAAAGGAAGGAGAGGCCGAGGAAGACGCCGAGGAAAGCGCCGAGGAGCCCGAAGAAGGAGAGGUGAGUCAGGUGGACCCCAGGACGUUGAUGAUGGCCUCCAUGGGUGCCUUCAUCCAACCCGUCGUCGCAGACGCGUCCUCUCCUGUUGGCAUGGCUGCCUGCCGCUCCGUCAUGGUCGCCGUGCCGGGCGGCAGCAGCAAUCCAGGCGUGCCGGAGGCCGUCAUUGUGGAGAACAUGUUCCUGCGCACACCGCACGCCGUGCCGUCGACGCCGACGCCAACGGUGGUGAAGAAGCCGAUCUCGCCGGCCACCUCCCCGACAGCGAAGAGCUCCACUACAAGCGCACUGCCCGCGCAGCUGAUGCGCCCCCCUCACCCCCAGAACCGCAGCAGUCACAACAGCAGCCCAUCUCCUGCCACGAGCCCCACCACGGCCAACUGUUGGCCGCUGCCUGGCAAGGUGUACGCGUCUCCCUUGGCCACUGAAGAGGAGAGACUGCAUCAUGAGAAGGAUGGCGCCGCCUUCCCAAGGCCGCCGCCGAUGGAUGGGGCAACGCCGUACAUCCCUUGCAGCCCGUCACGCUGGCACGAUGCGGCGCCGUUCCCGCAGCGCAGCACCAACGCCAAGGCCAAAAAUGGCGCGACGCCGGCCUCCGAGGCGCAGAUGACGGCCUAUCCACUGUUUCACCCCGUCGUGGUCGGUGUGCCGGUGGGCGAGUACCUCGAAACGCACCCGGCGGAGCGGGAAACGAGUGGGCUGGUCAUCGCUGCGAACGCCGCCGGUGCUUCCGCUGCCGCCGCUGCCGCCGCUGCUGCUGAGGUCUUCGAUCUUCAUGAUGAGCGGGUCGGUGCGCCGCAGCCGCCUCAGCAGAAAGUGGGAGGGGACUUGCUUGCAAAGACGGUCGACACGUCCGAGGCGCAGACUGGCAAAGGCGCGUCCACACUCCGCCAGUCAGCGCCCCACUACGGCACUCUCCCCAUCUCUCUGCGGCUUUCGCCGGCUGAGCUGACCGACACGGCGUCUUCGGAGGUGUUGAAGACCGACAAGGCGCGCGGCGCGGAGGCCACACACGCUGCCGGUGGGAAAGACCACGAGGACAGAGAAGCAACAGCCGUGGCAGCAGCAACAGCAGCCAAGGAGUACGACGGCUGCCGCUCGCCCGCCUCCCGGUCGUCCUCGCAGGAGCGGCGCGAGAACGAGUCGUUCUUGCAGACGCAAGCGUCCGAGCUCCUGGUCGAGGCAACAACUUUGCCAUCCAUGUAG